AUCAUAUCAUAUCUGCUACGAAUCAUUCAAAUCAAAUAAACCUGCGAUAGCAAAAGAAAUGAUAAGUCACAUACAUAAACACAUACUACUUAAAAAAUGAAAUACGCAUAAAUUGUUACAUAAUUUAUAUGAGAUAAACUUUGUAGUCAUAUCUAGUACGAAGUAAAGAAUUAUAUUGUUGCUUGGUAACCAUACAGUAACAACUUUAAACUUGUAUGUAUAUGUUACGUACCUCACAGUAUUUUAUGUGUAAUUAGUAAGGUAUAAAUUUUUGUUAGUGUUGUUUUAUUAAUUGUUUAGCAUCUUUUAACUAUUUUUUAAAUUAGUACAUCAAGUUAGAAAUAAGAUCCAAAAUAGACAAGUAAUAAUAUUAUAGUUUUGAAGAAAUGACAAGAUGCAAUAAGAGUGAAGUUAAUCUUAAAAGCACUGCAUACAAUCAAAAUGGACAAAAUUAUUAUGAACAAUUAACAGCAUAUAACUCUAUGAGCGCGCACUUACGACGCAUUUUACUGGCAAAAUGUGUCGUUGAUGCUAGAAACAGAAGCUAUAUACGUAAAAAAAAACAAAUGUGCAAACAAACAGAUUGGAAACCACAAUUUGUAAAAACUGAAAUUACAAAUAACGUAAUUGAUAAAUUGACGUAUGAUGUCUCAUAUCAUCCAAUGGAUUUUUUAAGAAUGAAUUAUGACUCAAAGUAUUUCUGCCAGUGUGAAGCUCGGAAGUACUUUACUAAUCCUUUAUCCGAUUAUAAUGAGAUCUGUUCACGACCAAAAUCUCACAGUCAUGUAGUUUGUCCAAGUUCAUCAAUAUUUAAAACAGGUAGUUCGGAGCCAGUUACAUCAAAUAGUAAAAAUAUAAGAGAACAGUCUUAUUCACAAUCAAGUAAUAGUUGUAGAAAGAUUUUUAAUUCUACAAGUGUGGAAACUGCAUUAAAAUUUCAAGAUAGAAUAGAAAAAAAUUCGAUGUAUUAUAAAUCUACUUGUGAUUAUUUAUCACAAAACAUCAAUCAUCUUCCAUCAGAAGAUAGCACAUCAAGGAAUCAUAGAAAUUAUGAAACCGCUCAACUAUGUACUGACUUCAUUGAUCAAAAAGCACAUAUAAAGGAUGAAGAAGCGAAAUACGCAAAAUUUAUGUACGAUAUUACACAUGAAAUAAUACUCAAUGGUUUGUAUACUGAUGAAGAGCUACAAGAAGUAUUUAAGAAACACACUGAAGAAAACAAAACAAUUCUAGACACGAAGCGAAUGUUGUACGAGAUUUAUCAAUUAAAACUUGCUUUAAAUAUAUCGGAUAAUUCAGAGGGAGAAGAAUUAGAUCUUGUAUAUGCUCAGCAAUUAUUAAAUAUUUCUGAAAUUCGGCCACUGAUGCCUGCAAGAGGUCUAAAUGAAGAUAGAGUACUUAAAAAAUUAAUGUGGUAUCAGAAACUAGACGAAAUCAGGCGUGAUGCACUAAGCGCUAAAAGUAAAUCGGUCAUAUUGAUUGAUGCUAAUCCCGAAUUACAUAUAACUGAGAAAGAUGUUCUAACGUCACUAAUAGAAGCUGACAUCAAUCCCGAAAAAGCUCGAAAAAUUUGUAGAAAACUUUUUUUUAAAAGCAAAUCAUUGAACCAAAUGAUAAAACCAAACAAUGAAUAUGGAAUGGAAGAAAGCGAUCAAUUUGAUACCAAUUUAACAGAAUCUUAUGAUUUAAACAAAGUAGAUGAACAGGAUAAAAGUUCUGUGACUGAUGAUUUUGUAACAGAAGGACAUAAAGAUAUACAAACGUAAAAAAUAAUAGUCAUAUAAUGCUGAACUAUUAAAAUAAGUAAAAAUUCAUAAAAUAUAUUCAAUAUGUAAAUAUA